UGGAGAGAGUGAUCGAUAGAACUUUUUCGUAAGUCAAAAAAAAAAUAUAAAAAAAUCAAUAUCUAAACUGACAAAACAAAAUAGGCGAUACAGUUAGUGGAGAGCCGGGGGGUGAUUUCACUGGUGUCUAGGUGAUAGGUGCUGUAUGCCAGGGUAAACAAAAGGAAGUGGCCAGAUUUUUAGUCGUGGUGGGAGCUAUCCGUGCUAAUCUGGCAUGCGGUUUGUACGAACGUGUAUAUGGGAUACAGGAAGGAAUUCUAGGAUUCUAAAGUUCAGGUAAAUACAAAAGGUUUAAGUUUGAAUAUGAAAUACUGAGAGGAGCAUUGGCUCUUUAGUCAAGAUGCCUAUGUGAGCCACGAAGAUUUAGUUCAGAAAAUUAUUAAAUGCAGAAGCAUACAUCAUUAAAGAUGUGUCUUCUGUUUUAGAAAUUAGUAGCAAAUUUUUUAAAAAUCUUUUUCAGACUUCCUAAAAUGUUGAACAGUUAUACCAAACAGUCUAUUUUUGUAUAUUAAAAUAAGUUGCUAUGUAAGUUUAUUGGUUAUUUUUCUCGUUAAAAAGUCCAUCUUCCGGUGUCUAGGCGACCCUCCCGUAUCGUUUUGUUAGAUUACACAGCGCCAUAUCGUACUCACUGGUGAAAUACUAGAUCCGUUGCCACGUUUCGUGUUCCGUCAGAUGACAUUCCUAGACGAAAAUAUGCGUCGGGAAUGUACUCGAUACCUUAUAUUGAUCUAUUUUGUAUGCAUUUAUAACCUCCUAGAGGGCAACCUUUUAUAUAUAUACACGUCUGUAGAAUGUUGAAGAGACUUUAAACCAAAUUUUAUUUUAGCGCUAGACCUAGAGAUAAACCCGCCAAACAAAUGGCGGUGGCAAUGCAUGAACUUCCCGUCUGCUGAAGUUACUUGACAAAACAUGCAUUCCAGUAACGCCCUUUGUAAGAUUCCCAAUCAGUGCUGACUUCUUGGGAAUUUUAUUUUAGCCCGCCGAUUGAAAUAGCGUUACAGCCAUACAGACAUGCAUACACAUACCUAGCGAAUAAUUAUGUGUGAUAUUUCGCCAAAAAAACAAGACAAAAAUUAGUGGUUUGGGUACUCAAUGGAGGAUGCAAUGAAUGCUUACAUCGUCUGGGACAGAUCGCUGGGUUUAACACUCCGUCUUUGGUUUAACACUCCGUCUUUGGUUUAACACUCCGUCUUUUGUUUAGUGGCCCGAAUGUUAUGCAUGUAUAAGAUCAGCUAAAAAAAAUAUUGAACUGGCAAGAGAAAGUAUCCAAAUCACUCGAUGUCUAGCUGUGUAGCGGUGUAUCUGUCUAGCUGUGUAUCUGUCUAGCUGUGUAUCUGUGUAUCUGUCUAGCUGUGUAACUGUCUAGCUGUGUAGCAGUCUAGCAGUGUUGAUGUGUAGCUGUGUAGAUUUCUAGCUGCCUAUCUGUCUAGCUGUGGGUAGCUUUCUAGCUGUUUAUCUAUCUAGCUGUCUAUAUUCCAGCUGCCUAGCUGACUAGCUGUAUAUAUGUCUAGCUUUCUUGUUAUGUAGCUGUCUAGCUGUGUACCGGUGUACCUGUCUGGCUGUCUCGUUGUCUAGCUGUCUAGCCGCGUAACCGCGUAGCCGCGUAGCUGUCUAUCUUUCUAGCUGUGUAGCUAUCCACUUUCAAGCGUACUUUUAAAAUGAACAAAUUAGCUUUUUCUUAGAUUCUAUUCAAAGUCAACUAAAUACACUGUAACUAAAUUUCUAACAAAUAGCAAUUGAACUUAGGAAUGACACGAAAAUAACACUUUCUCCAUAAGUAGCUUUUGAACAUUAUGAUGACGUCAAAGAUGAGAUAAGAAAUGUAUGACAAUGAAUGACAUACAUGGGAGCAAGCAAUGGAAUGAAAAGACAUAUUGGCAAUGACAAAAAGACAUAUUGGCAAUGACAAACACCGACACAAUGGACAGAACUUUGUUGAGGUAGCUCGAAGUAGCUCGAAGACAAAAGGAAUCUAAUAUCUGUUUUUAUUUUAUUUUUAAUUAUACUGCAAGUAAUUAUUUUUUUAUAUUUUCCAGGGCGUACCCUUUUCAUUGCCUUUUAUUUUUACCUACACAGUAACAUGAGCUCUACAAGGCCAGUGCAUACCUCACUCGGGGAGGGGGUGACGCGGUGCCUUUUUUAUAGAGUGUGUCCUGAAUAAAAGACCAGAGAGUAUUGUGUAGACUUUUCAGAUUAAUCAAUUUAAGAUUAGAGAAUAUUAUGUAGACACGUUUAAUAUUGCCGUGAAUCAUUUUCAAGCUGGCAAGAAUGUCUCAAUAAUGUUUUUGAUUUUUUUUUUUUUUUUUUUUUUUUUUUUUCCCGCAUCUCAUCUCAUAGCUUUUAGUUUAACAGCUAAAACAGAUGUUUAAAAAGCAUUAGAGUUGUCGAUCCACAUUUAAAAAAAAAAAACACGGACAAGAGUAUCACGCCUCCAGUGUCUUAAAAUGGCGGCCUCUUCGCAUCUCAUCUCAUAGCUUUUGGUUUAACAGCUAAAACAGAUGUUUAAAAAGCAUUGGAGUUGUCGAUCCACAUUUAAAAAAAAAAACACGGACAAGAGUAUCACGCCUCCAGUGUCUUAAAAUGGCGGCCUCUCACGAAACUUUCGAAUAAGUCAGCCAUGUCCGAAUGUACACAUUUUUAUUAUGUGCCAAUCUGUGCAAGAAACCGUGCGAUAAUCCACAUGAGUUGCGGUGUGAUAAUCUACAUAAGACACCGUGAUUUAAUUUACAUAAUUUACCCUAGCGAUAAUUCACCUACGUCACCAUGUUGCUGAUUUACAUAUGUCACCGUGUGAUAAUCCACACAAGUCACCAUGCCCUUAUCUACAAGUCACCAGUAAUUCUAGGUACAAACUGUAAGCUACACUAUAAUUACAGAACACCAUGUAUUAUCCUCAUCCCCCCCCCCAAUUAAAAACUCCCUUCUGAUACCACCUAAAUCACGCAUGACUUGUCAUCUAAUCCAAUGCUUCUCAAAAUCACCCAUGCAUAUCCUUAUUUUGAACGUUUUAUUUUUAAUUUUUUUUUUUUUACAUACUUUUCGAAUUAAGUUUUAUGACAAUUGUACUGUAAGUAUGUACAUUUAGCUCCAUAGUCUUGUCAGUAUAUUACUAAACUCCAUUUUCUGCAUUGUCAUAUUUAUAUCCAGUGUGAGAACGCUCAGAUUUAAAAGAAUUAUUUCUUUAACGCCUCCACUAAUCCUCUAAUCCAAUCUUAUCGUUGAACAGCGCGGUGUUAAAUAAUUGUGUGUGGAUACAUUCGUGCAUGCAUGGCGUAAAACAACUUUUGGGUUGUCUGAAAACGUCUUGGCUUAAAUAUUUUUUUUAAAACCCCAAGACAGCAGUUCUCAAAAUGGUGUAAAGAACCGUAAAUAAGAGCCCAACAAUUACAACUCUGCACUUCUUCUGAACGCGGUCCUCAAUCCUUGAUAUUCGGCUUCAAAAGGGUUGUUACGUCGUUCUGUGUUGACCACAACUCGAAUUGGUUAAAGUAAGUAAUUGAUGGGAUAGUGACAGUGUAACACAAACUCUAAGUCUGAAAGCUUCAAGGCUGCCCUGGCAUCAGCUAGGAGCUGUUAGAAUAGCAACAGCAUAUCCCCAACCGUUGCAUAGAUGCCAGUACAUGGAUGCAGCAACGAAACAUUACCAGAACCAGAACCAGAAAGCUUUCCUUAAAACAUCUUAAUCAUUUAAUCUACUUUUAAAAAUUAUAAACUUGAUUAUAUUUUGACUUGUAAUAAUUAUUUUAUGAGUAUUUUUUUUGGUUUAGGUUGAAGAAAUGGCAUUAUUUUAUUCUUUAUUUUUUUUAAUGGAUUUUAUUCGUUAUUUUGUUCGGGUGGAUGGUACAAGUGAAAACUUGGAUGGUACCAGUGAAAACUUGGAUGGUACCAGUGAAACCUUGGAUGGUACAAGUGAAACCUUGGAUGGUACAAGUGAAACCUUGGAUGUUACAAGUGAAACCCUGGAUGGUACAAGUGAAAACUUGGAUGGUACCAGUGAAACCCUGGAUGGUACAAGUGAAACCUUGGAUGGUACAAGUGAAACCUUGGAUGGUACUAGUGAAACCUUGGAUGGUACCAGUGAAAACUUGAAUGGUACCAGUGAAAACUUGGAUGGUACAAGUGAAACCUUGGUUGCUAAGCCAUCUAAGAGAAGGAAACUCUGAAUGUAACCCAGGGGAAGGAGUCCCAUAGGAGGAUACAUUAAUACAAGGAAAAUUACGACAGCCCCUGCGACGCUCCUGGAGCCAAACUGUAUCAUCCACGUAUGUGGUUUUCCCUUGGGUUCAUCCAGGUGCUGCCUUGGGAACCGGUGUCGGGGGAAAAUCCCAGGCAUUGUUCUUUCGUCCAUUGUCACAAUGUGACGGAAGGAUGCCAGAAAAACCAUCAGCCUGUAGACCCGAUGAGUGGACUCUGUAGUCACUUUAAAUUGCUCUGGCAGCUAUCCUAUCCAUUCAUUCGGGAAAAGAAGAGGAUUAUGGUUACACUUAUUUGCCAUUUAGUCUGAGCUCGGAAAAACAACAAAGAGAAAAAACCCGUCGUUUUCGGUUAUGAUGGUGAAGAAAACACCAAUUUUGGCGACGUCCGGCAAACAGUUUUCGUAUGGGGUGGCUGACACAUCAGGUGUGCACAGUUUGGGAUCCGUUGGCAGUCCGCACAGAAAUGAAAAGUACCCGUUAAGCAAUGAAGGCGAUACUUUGGUUCACACCGACUCCAGCACCGGAUCUGGUGACUUCAUGCCGUAGAAAUUAUAACACCACAAUCGAUCACGUGUCAACCAGGCAUUGUCACCCAGUGAUAUGAACCGCAAACAAUAAGGCCAGUUCAGGGCACCGAUUUACUCGUCCUGCCGGGCAUAGGAGAAGUGAUUUUUAUUUUCAAAUGUGCCUUUAAAUAUGCUUUUAUUACCUAAAGGCUUUAAACUUAAAAUUUCAAGUACAUAGGAUUGCCGAAAAAAUAUUUUUGAACAAUCGUAAUUUAAUCCUUGCUGACCUUGACAUUACAGGGCACUUUCAUCUUUUCCACUUAUUGGCUUCAGACGGGAUUUUAAAAAAAAAACAAUCUAUGUGACCUACUGGUUCAAGGUCACCUUCUAGCCGACCCGUCUCACAUUGGGACUAAACCAUGUUCAAGAAUCCGUUGUAGGACUUGCCCAUAUGAACUGUCAGCUAAACCCUUGGCUUCCCUAAAAAGGGGGAGGGGGGUUACCGAUAAGUUCCGCGAACAUCUUCGUGAUAUUGAACAAAUCAAGCCCCCCCCCCCCCCCCCCCCCCGGUUCUCAUCCCUUUUUAACGGAGUUAAAUACAGGGGCAAAUCAGAUGUAUCCAUUCCAGCUCUAAUUUCUUGCAUUAAUACACCAGCGAGAGUGAUAAAUGAACAAAAUGAAUUCACAUUUUCGAAUCCCUAUCACCAGAUGGCUUCAACCAAAUACUCUCGUACCCGGCCACAUAUCACCAACCACAUGAUAUUAAUCAAAAUACUCUAUUACUAGUGAUCCUUAAUUGUCAUCCAUUUCUAUUUUUUUAAUUUUAAAAAUGUUACUUUAAUAAUACUUACAUUUUUCACCGUGACAGUACGCACCACAGAAUAAUAUGGACGCACUUUUGGACUUUAAACAACUUAACCUCCGUUUCUAAAAAAUAACAUUAGAACGCAAUCCUGUUCUAAACAUUGAGCUAUAUUUUCACAUUAUUGACGAUUUUCGAAAACAUACGUUUUUUUUCUUCUCCCCUUCUAUUUUUAAUUAAAAGAAUCGGUUGUUUCUUGUUUUGUCCUGUCUGCUGGAGAAGGCGUUUCGCCGAAACGUCCGUUUAAUCGUGGCGUCUUUUCUUUUCAAGCCUAAACAUAUCUUGUCCCACUAAUUAUUUAAAAUACACAACCCGAUUCAAUGGUUUUGCAAUGAAGUUUGAGUCUGUUAUGUCCCUCUGAUAAAACAGUUUAAUGCACAUCUCUUCUGGUGUGUCCUGCUUCCUCUUCAAAACCGCCCCCCAAAAGAAUUUUUUUUUUUUAAUCUAUAUGUUACAUAUUUAUAGUACAGAGAUUUUUUUAAAAAAUCAACGAGCUUCAUGGGCAACGUCUGAAUUCGGGUCCAAAGGAUGAUUUUGUUUCUUUAGUGGGGGGGGGGGACUAUUGUUCAGUGUUUUUAUUGCUCAUUUUCUUCUGUCACAGAGCGAGCAUCAUGCGUGACGUCUGAACUCCGGUAAAUAGGUUAGUUUAUUUUGACAUAAGAAAGGAUUUUUUUUAAAAGGUCACUAUUUUUUUUUUAACUUCUUUAUUUUGGGGCUGCACACCACACAGAACUGGGUCAUGGGCUGCACACCACACAGAACUGGGUCAUGGGCCGCCCUUUGACUUCGGGCGCGUAUGCGUCUGUGAGUCUUUGCCGUAGCCUGGUUACAGGAAGGUAUUGCUAUUUUAGUUAUACCACGACUGUUGUUUCCCAAGUCAUUGUUAUAAAAUGUACGACAGUAUCUUCUCCGUCGACGAGUUUUUCGUACAACGUCAUCUCUAUUCCGGGAUCCGGCAACUGCCUGUUCCUAUUAGUGGCUUAUUCCUCGACACAAACGGUUGACGAAGGCAGUGCACCCUCACUACCACAUAGGGCAGUAGAUUUCGUUACAUGUUAAAGAAAAUGAAAAGCUUUUUUUUUUUUUUUUUUUUUUUUUUGUUGGGGGAAAAACUGUACCCGUUUAAGCCCUAGUACGAAAAAUUUUAUUGAAAAAAAUGAAAAGCUUUUUUUUUUUUUUUUUUUUUUUUUUGGUGGCGGAAGAACUGUACCCGGUUAAGCCCUAGUACGUAAAAUUUUAUUGAAGUAAUCACUUAUCGUGUAUCUUUGAAUGCGGUCUAUAUUUUUGUGACAUAUUUCAGUAAAUUGAGCACAAAGGGAAAAGAUAACUUUGAUGAUUUACAAACAUAGUUACAGUAGAGAGUUGAUUUUCCGAGCCCCUCGAUUAUCCAAAAUGUCGGUUAUUUGAAUUGCCCCGGUCUUAUUAAAUUACGCCUGCCGCAGGAUACAAAUCAGAAGAGUCAGAGUGACCUUGGAACUUGGAACAUUACUCUAGGUGCCAGUCAAUCUACUUUUUGUUUUUUUAUAGAUCCUCUGUUCAUUUUUUUAAAAGUCUCCCCCCCCCCUUUUUUUUUUUCUUAUCGUUCAUUGACAUCAGUCAGCUGACCCGGAUAUACAGUUGACGAUCACUAUACAUAAUAUACCGUACAUAGUACACUGUACAGUAAAGCACCUUACUUCUGUAAAGUAACAAGUUACUGUAUUCUUUGCACCCUCUCCUUGUCUCAUUGCCCUGUUCCUCAAUUCAAUCUUCCACAUACCUUGACCUGCUAUUAUCCUUAACACAAUAUCUUAUCUCUACUAAUAAAAGGCAAAGCCCUGACUGACUCAUCACUAAUUCUCCAACUUCUCGAGUAGAUGGCAGCCUGAAUUAGGCAUUAGGCAUGCUUAUUCCUUACAGCUCACAUACAAAAGUUAGGCAGGUGUCAUUUUAAAACUCUAAAUUGUUUGGGACCGGCGGCCCAAAAUCUCAUUUUUGUGAGCUAUGUGAGCUAUGUAAAUAAAAUGCUCAACAAAUACUGCUACAUGAAUCGAUGGAUCUUGACCAAACUUAAUGCACAUACUCUUGAUUAGCCAUAUUCAAAUACCGAAGGGUAAUUUACACAUAAUAUCCGGGGGCCCCAUUUCUUUUUUUUCUAAUAUAAGCUAUUUAGAUAUCAAUAGGGUUAGACAGCAGCAUAGGUUCUAUGUGAUUAGGUGGAUCUAGACCUUGCUCUGUAGCAAUACGUCCGUUUUAAAAUAUCGUUUGAUGUAAUAUCCAAUCCAUUCAAGGCCGAUCUAGAAUAUUCUGGAAACUUCGAUAGUUUAAAUAAGCUAUGUCUAUGGCAUUUGUAAACCACUUUCAAUAGGACAAGUUUUAAAUGUAUAAUUUAUUUCAAUGAUUUUUAUAAGCCACCCAUCUCAGACAUAAACAAAACGGUACUUUAUUAAAUGGGCCCCAAACGUGGCCCCCGUAUCAAUUUAAAUGUAUUAUCGUUAGUACCACAAUUUAGUUGUAUAAUAUUUCGCAUUCGAGAAAUAAUUACAUAGAUAUGUAAUUGUUGCACGUUUCAUGGAGGAUAUUCAAUUUAAUCUAGAAUGUUCUAUAUUGUUCUACGGGGAUAUAUAAUUAGAUCUAAAAGCUCAUUCAAACAAAAUCGCACUCAGCAUGAUCCCCAUAGAUAAAUAGGAUCCUAAUGCGACACAUCGGUUACGCGCUUCCAUCGGGGAACAGAAUACAAUCGAGAUCCCAUCGGGUAACGGGCUCAAACCGGGAUCAGGAUCCUAUCAGGAAAAGGGAUAGCAUCGGAAAGGAGAGUCAAUGGGUGGAACGGAAUCCCACAGUGAACGGUAUCCUAACGGUAUCGGUAGUGCAUUGGAAUCCACUGAGAUCAGUAUCUUACUGGGAUCAAGACACCGACGGGAUCGGGAUCCCAAUGGGAUCUGGAUUCCCCUUGGAUCCGGAGCCACAAAUAAAUAGGAUUCCACCUGGAACGGGAUAAAACCGGGAUUGCGCCGGGAUCGGAUUUAGAAUGGGAUUAGGGACUCAUUAGAAUUGGGGUCUUAUCAGGAUCGGGGUCCCAAGGACAGACCCUACAAAAAGUCGGCAUUGAUUUGAGGCAGGUUUGAUUUUCGCAAGGGAAUGCAUUGUAUAGUAUCUGAAAUAUGCGGAUACUUGAUAAUUGUGUACCUUUUUUUUUCUUUAAAAAAAGUCUGUCUGCUGCGAAGCGCGGAUAUUUUGCUAGUCUACUAUAAUCCUUAACACAUCUUGAACGCAGUCUUUCUUUUUUUGUAUCCUUUCUUCUUUAACACCACCUUUCUGGGGCGUUCGAACCGUCCGGGCCCCCAAACCUCCAACCCCAGUUUUCAGCCAUUUAAAAUAACUGACGCUAAACGGUAAUUAUAUUUCUCGUUUAGGUUUGUAUUAUGUUUGUAAACAGACCCGCCAAUAUUUUUUGCUUAACAUGCGUUUCUUUCUGUGGAUAAAUUUAUCCAAUGAGCACUAGGGGGCCCUUCUAGAAAAACAUCUAACUCCGGUUACGUCUCGACCAAGACUGAGAAACACUGCUUUAAUGACGUCAUGGGUCUAUGACCCACACCCUACGACCCGCGGGCCGCAUAUGGCCCGCCUGCACCCACUUGGCGGCCCGCGAAGUAACGAAAUAUACUUUACGAUUAUUAUUUUCUUAAAUGCUUUUCCCCCGUCCUAUCAUCUUUCGGCCCGAACAAGUUGUUCAUCAAGUAUUACGGCCCGCCUUACAGGCCUGGUCUUUGUCCUACGAGCAUUGCAUGAUUAGAAUGAAUAGUGUAUUGUCUCAAGAAUUGUUUGAGGAAUUGUGUGAUGAAAUGUGUGAUCAAUUGUGUCAUGAAUUGUGUCAUGAAUUGUAUGAGGAAUUGUGUGAUGAAAUGUGUGAUCAAUUGUGUCAUGAAUUGUGUCACGAAUUGCGUCAUGAACCGUGUGAUUAAUUGGUGAAAAGAGCAACGAAUUUUGAAGUAUUUCACUGAAAUGAUGUAUACAAAGAUCCAUUUAUCUCAUCAUGGAUAAAAAGAUCCGUUGCUCUAUUCAUGGAUACAAAGAUCCUUCGAUCAAAUAAUCAUUGAUACAAAGAUCCUUCUAUCAAAUCAUGGAUACAAAGACCCGUUUUUCGACUCGUGGAUUAAAAGAUCCGUUAAUCUUAAAGCGAGAAAUUGAAAGAAGGAGGGGGGAAAAGUUACGAUAGGAAUUGCGCACCAUAAUUAACUGUAGUUUUCUCGCCCUCUAACAACCUUUGAUUCUUAGAGGCAUGAAUGAAAUAGCACAUGUGUGUUGAUGUGAGGGAGACAGGAGAGCCCAACGAAUUGAAUAGUUCUGAUUGAAUCUCUCCUCCACAGAAUUUAGAUCUUCCAUAGAAGAACACACAAGAAGUCAAAAUGGCGCGACCUGCUGCCGACUACAAGAUCACGAAAGACAACCGCUCCUCCUACAACCUGAUUGCCCACGAGCACCACGUGCCACAGUCGCCAUUGUUCGGGCCCAGCGCCCACCACAUGGGAGGGAGCCCCAGGAGGGAUUACGAGGACAACAGGGGGAAUAACCGAGACUACGGGAGGGAGCGAGAGGUAUGUUGUGCAGGACCGAGUUGUGUUGUGUCGGUACGAGUUGUGUAUGUUCAGUUUGGGUUGUGUCUGUACAAUAUGUGUUGUGGUGGUACAAUGUGUGUUGUUUUGUUACGUUAUGUGUUGUGUCGGUACAAUUUGAAUCUGUUUGGUACAGCUUAUGUUAUAAAUGCCCAGUUUAUGUUAGAAAAGUCCAGUGCAUAUUAACAUGGGUGAAGUGCAUAUAACGCAGGUCUAGUGUAUAAAGUAGGUCCAUUAACUGUUAAGCCUUCUAAGUGUUAGAAAGUUCCACUAAGUCUUAGAAAGGCCCAUUGGUGACUAGGUCGACUAUGUGUUAGAACGUUCCACUGAUUGCUAAAAAUAAGUCCACCUUAAGUUCAACAGGUCGUCUAAGUGUCAGAUUUGUCAAAUAUUCGUAAAUAAGCAAAAAAUGAAAUUUCUUCCACCCUACAAUUUCAAUUUAGGCGCCCCAGCCCUUGUCCCAAAGACAGGAAGUAGAAUUUCCCAGAGACGUCCGGGCGCCCAACGAUCAGAUCAAACACGAGCAUCACGUGCCGGCCUCGCCUCUGUACAGGCCGGGGGGUCAAGGGGGUGUCGACCCUCGCUACGGCAGUGCCCAGGGGGGCAGACGAGACUGGAUCGGUGGAGGCGCAGAUUAUGAGGUAACUUUUAUUUAGCCUUCCAACUUGAAGGACUUCAUUUUCAAUGUAUAGAAACUUUGGGCACAGACUUUAGUUCAUUUUCCAAUUGUGUCAUUUUCAAGUGCAUUCUAUUACAUGCCUUACUUAUAAAGUCGUUUACUUCAUUUUUCAAUCAUUCAAAACCUCGCUGACCAUUAACUGAGAGGCGGCGGGCCGUUGCCAGUCCACGGACCGCCACUUUGAUUAGCUCUGCUCUACCGAAGAUUAACAUAAUGACAAAAUCUAUUUGGAACAUUCCUCGUUUUAAGAAGACAAUUCUUCAAGUUUGUUCAAGAAUCAGGAUUCGAACUGCGUUAAGUUUGAGAACAUCAACGGGUUGGUCUGUUCUCCAAUGGGUGUGUUAAAAGCUGGUAAUGAAGUAGUGAAUUAUUUUUUUGGCCAGACUUUAUACCAUAAUAUUAUUCUUCAGUCACAGCUCUUUUACAGCUAUAACCAGCUAGAUGUAGCUAUUAGCUUUAACCAUUUCUGUCUUCUUUAACAGAUCAUUAAUUAAUUACUUUUCAAGCUUACACUUCAUUUAAACAUAGUUGGCUUUUUUUUUUUACAUUAGCUUUCGUCGAUUUUAAAAAAUAAUUAGUUCUAAUUGUUACAUUUUAAUUUUUUUUUUUUCCCCACGCAAAGAAUUGCACGCUCUCCUUCCAGUAUCGAUUACAUUUUUAGAUCGCGUAUCGAUUUUGACUAACUAAUCACAGCCACAAUGAACUCUCAUUUGUAACAAUCGUUGUUUUUUACUUAAAUUUGACAUUUCCUUAACAAAACCUUUGCAAUGUCACGUAGUGGUUAACUCUCUUAGGGGAAUUAUAUUGACACUGCUAGGUACUUUUGUAAAGGUAAGUUGCUUGAAACUGGUGUAUAGGUUUGUAAAGGUAGGUUGCUUGAAACUGGUGUAUAGGUUUGUAAAGGUAAGUUGCUUGAAACUGGUGUAUAGGUUUGUAAAGGUAAGUUGCUUGAAACUGGUGUAUAGGUUUGUAAAGGUAGGUUGCUUGAAACUGGUUGAAGUCUCAACUAUAAUAUUAAAUAAAAAUUAAUGCCAGAUGAAUCAACAUUAUGUUUUGAAAUUGUGUUUAUAAAAUAGCAUUUAGUCUAAAUGGACCCGGUCCAGCAGUGCUGCCAUUUGCACCCGGGUACCAUUAGACUCAAGCUAUUCGGAUGUCAUUUGUAGUAGUUUAUUUUAGUUACACUGAAGAAGUAAGUUUACAAAUAUAUUGUCCAUUCAAUUAUCUUUCAUUUGAUACCUCAAUUUGUCUUACAAACCCAAACAUCAAAUUUUUAAAUAGUUUUUUAAUCACAACCUCUCACUUCUGGUACACGGGUGCGAAUAGUCGCAGUCUUAUAUUAACUUCGCUUUUGUUCGUGUGUUUGAGGCGAAAUCUUCGAAAGGCUAAAUGACCCACUUCCGGUCAUCUCAUUGAGCUGAAACUUGGCACAUAGACUCUUUGUCCAUGACAACACAUUCUAUCCAAUUUUCAGCCCCACCCUCUAACCCUUAAAAAAUAAAUUUUUCGUGUAUUUUAGGGUGGGGGAGAAAGGGGGGAGAUACGUUAAUGCAUUGUUCAAUAAGUGCGUGUUAUGGUGUGGAGAUUAAUUGUGCAGCUGUUGCUGUGUGCUUUGUAUUUGUGAAGUAUUUGAAUAUUCAGUUUAAAAAAAUGUAUUUUGAAGGAGACGGUACAGGAAUUUUGAAACAUGUCCUCGCCUGGAGUUUACCCAUCUACAUUACCGCUUCUUAAGAAAUGAUAAAUCACGUGCAAAUGCAUAAAUGCAAUCAAAAAAUGGAUAUAAAGGAUUUAUAUAUAAACAAACGUUUGUUUCUUUGGGUUGUUUAUUAUUAAUUUUUAUUAAUUUUUACGCACGUUGCUUUUCGCUGUGUUUUGUAAUGCUUUGAUAUGAUCAGUCUCAUUUAAUUUUUCGAACAUCAUUUCCUUUUAGUCUUAUUUUGUUCUAUUGUUCUUUUUAAUUUUUGGUGCUUUGUUUUUUUGUUUUGUUUUUACUUUUUUAUCAAAGCUUCUGACAAUUGUCAUGUUUUUAUCACAAAAUGCAAUGAUUUUAUUGUGAUGGGUUGACGAGAGAAUAUUCUGACUUUUUUAAACAUGGCUGUGUUAACUUGAAACAGUUUUUUUUUAAACAUUAAAUAUGUGCAAAAAAUGCCAGGCUGUGUAAAGAAUACAAGAAUUUCCAUGAAGUAAAUAUGUGAAUUUUUGGGACUUUAAGUAGCUUGCCUCACAUUUCAAUACAUACCAGGCCCUGUCUUAAGCGAUUUUUACAUGACCUGACAUUGUAGGUCGUUGGCAUUUUAAAUUUCAUAUCAAAGAGUCGUUGGGUGUUGUGUGGUAUCCUAUCUACACGUGUGUACUUUAGGAGCACCCUCCCGUAGCCAGGCAUAAGGAAAAGGGCGUAUCACUGCCACCCAUUCAACACAGAGACCAUUUGCCAGCCUCGCCGCUGUACGUGCCAGCAGCGUCUCCAAAUGUGGGCGCGGGGAGCCACGCCAUGGGGGUGCCCCCGGGUUAGAGAAAGGGAGCCGUUUGAAGCGGGCCGUUUGGUAAUGUCCUUGCACAUAUUUUUUUGUUUUGCGAUCACUCUGUAACUCUCACAUGACGUCAUCUUAAGAGCACGCCGAACUUGGAACCCACAUCUUGCACAUAAUUCACACUAUGCUAUUUCGGUGCUGGUGCUAGCUUUUGGUGCUGGUGCUAACUUUUGGUGCUGGUGCUAGCUUUUGGUGCUGGUGCUAGCUUUUGGUGCUGGUGCUAACUUUUGGUGCUGGUGCUAGCUUUUGGUGCUGGUGCUAGCUUUUGGUGCUGGUGCUAGCUUUUGGUGCUGGUGCUAGCUUUUGGUGCUGGUGCUAGCUUUUGGUGCUGGUGCUAGCUUUUGGUGCUGGUGCUAGCUUUUGGUGCUGGUGCUGGCUUUUGGUGCUGGUGCUAGCUUUUGGUGCUGGGGAUAGCUUUUGGUGCUGGUGCUAGCUUUUGGGUGUUGUAUGUGAGCGUUAUGGUGCUUGUAGAUUUUAUUGGCUGGAAAAAAAAUUCUUGCGACUUAAAAUAUCAAAUUGGCGUGUUCCUUUUGAUUUUUUUAGGUGAAGUUUUCGACUAGUGAAGAUUGGCAGUUACUUUUUUUAAAAGGUGUUUUUUUGUGUGUUUUUUUAAAGUUUUUUAAAUAAUUGGCCAAGUCCGAAUUGUAAAGUUAUUCGAAAACAUAAGUUUUUUAAGUAGCAGAAUGAAACAAAGAUUUCCACUGCGUAUAACGACAAGAUAAAAAUAAGUUUCUUUACAUUAACCCGGUGUAGUUUUGCCGGUUAAGACCCGUGAUGUCGUCUUGCCAAGUUGACUUGUGGUGUAGUCUUGCCAAAUUGACCUGUGGUGUAGUCUUGCCAGGUUGGCCUGUGGUGUAGUCUUGCCAGGUUGACCUGUGUUGUAGUCUUGCCUGGUUGACCUGGUGUGUAAUCUUCCAGGUUGACAUGUGGCUGUAGUCUUACCAGGUUGACAUGUGGCUGUAGUCUUACCAUGUUAACAUGUGGCUGUAGUCUUGCCAGGUUGACCUGUGGCUGUAGUCUUGCCAGGUUGACCUGUGGCUGUAGUUUUACCAGGUUAACCUGUGGCUGUAGUCUUGUCAGGUUGACCUGUGGCUGUAGUCUUGCCAGGUUGACCUGUGGUGUAAUCUUACCAGGUUGACCUGCCAUCAACACAUUGUUUCGUCUUGUGUCGUAACCAGUGUUAACAUACGCAACACCCCCCCCCCCCACCCAACGUAAACUGCUAACGCCACUCGGUCCCUCUAGGUGUCACGUGGUACUGCAGCUUGUAAAAGCACCCAGUGCUAUUCAUUUUUAACUCCUGCACCAUUUGUUAAGAGUAUCACGUUUUCUUUGUUGACGCCGUAUCUCUCAUAUAACAACCGGAAUUUUCAAUAAUGUAGUUCGGUGUCGGCUGUUCAGCCCUGCACGCCAUUUUGUAUUCAUGCGCUUAGUGAUUUUUAAAAGCACGAUGUUCUGGCAACUGCUGGUAAAUAUUUCCAUUCUUCUUUGCAUUACAUCAACAUUUAGCCAUCAACUUAGUGCAGUUAUUCCUAACAUUCAAAAUGUCCUCACACGUGUCGCCACUUUCUAUUCUAGACGGUAUGGACAUAUAUAAAUAUUCGAGCAUGUUUCAUAACUUUCAAAGUAUUCCUUGAUCUAGCCUGGCGUGAGCUCAAUUAUUUUUAAGUAACCCAUUUUUUCGUUCUUCGUUUCUAUUUUGUUACGUAAAUUUUUUGUUCAAACAAUUCUAUUUCACUUCUUGUUUGUAUAACAAUGCAUGCGGCGUGUUGUGAUUCUGACAGUUUCGAAUAAUCGAUGUUUUUAAAUUUAAUUUUCGAAAAAAAACAAAAAAACAACUAUUAUUAUCUAAAUACAUUUUUCUCACAACACAUUUGAGACUGAAUUACAACACACCUGCUAGCCAGUCUCCAAAGAUAUUAACACAUUUUCUUCAUGAGACGCGUUCAGUAAAAAUAUGAGAGCAUUUCAAUUUGAUGUUAUUAAAAAAUAAUUAUUUAACUUGUGAGGGGUUGCUGUUGUUGUUUUUGUUGUUUUUUGGCCUUGAUAACCGUGUACUGCCCCAAAACAUUGUGUUUCCAAUACACAUAACUUUUAGACUCUCUGUGGGAAUAUAAGGACGCAAUUUGUAGAUCUUUCUUGAUGCUUACGCCUUAAAAAGUAGUGCACUGUUUAAUUAUACUAUACUCAAGCAGUAAACUGAAUUUAUAGCAUGGGAUGUUACAACUUGUUGCACGUCACGUAAUAGUGCGUAACUUCAUAAAACUUCACUGUAGCAUUGUGUAACUUGAUAUAAUUACUAGUUGUGUUUAGUAAUUUGCUUUAUCUAAUUUUUUUUUUUUGCAUGAGAAACAGUGCAUUCUGUAUAGUCUUUUGUAGAGGAAUGUUGGACAAGAAAUUAUACACUAGUAAAUGUAGUGCAUGUAAAACAUCGUUGUGUCGUGAAAGUAUUUAUAGUACUCGCAUUUAUAAUGUAUAAAUAUUUAUGUGUAGUAAACGCCACAUUUUAUUGACAGGUAAUUUUUAUUUUAAAAAUGUAUAGAUACACCAAAAAAAAAUGUAAUUUUAUAUUUUGUACCUGCAUAUAAAUAUUUUUUAUAUUACACCUCAUUGUCUAAGGUAAACUAAAUUGAAAUAUGAAAGAUUGGUGAUUAGAUAACACAGGGCCUAUAGAAAUUUCAGUUUCUACAAUUUUAGUAGAAAUAUAGUAAUUUUUCGUUUAUGUUUAAUUUUUAAAUUAUACGUUUUUUUUAAGUUUUAAGUUUCAAUCAUCAAAUGUGUCAUUAAGAGGUUUAAUAUCUUUAAAAAUUUAGUUCUUAAUGUAAAUCAGCAAUUACCCCCCCCCCCCCUCACACACUCACUUUUAAAAAGUCGAACUUUUUAGUUUAACGUUUUAAUUUUUAAAUUUUACUUUUUUUUUAAAUUUUAAAUUUCAAUCAUCAAAUGUGUCAUUAAGAGGUUUAAUUUCUUUAAAAAUUUAGUUCCUAAUGUAAACCAGCAAUUACCCCCCCCCCCCCUCACACACUCACUUUUAAAAAGUCGAACUUUUUAGUUUAACGGCAGGAUAAAUUUUCAGCACACUUGAAUGCCCCAUAAGUUUUGUUUCCACAACUGGAGUUUGACCAAAGUAUAUUUAUUUAUUUUAACUGCAGUAUUAGAUUAGUGAUUAGUGUUUGUUAGUUUUGGAUAACUUAGAGUGGUAAAAAUAUGGUAAAAUGAUGAGCAUUUUGGUCAUUUUGACUAGUUACGAAAAGAAAAAAAAAAUUAUUCCGUAGUGUUUAUUUAUUAUUACAUUUUAAAAAUAUGAGUACGCAAGGUGUGAAUUAUUGAACUUGUAAUUUUUAAAGUUACAAUCAAAUAAAGACAAAUAUUUUUCUUAAUUUGUUGUAAUGAAAACAUUAAAAAAAAUUGUUUAAAUAAAAAUAAUAAUAAAUCAUUUUUUUUUAAAUUGCCUUAUGAUUGUUAUGCCUCAUGGGUUUAAUUUUGAGGACCUUUGGAAGAGGUCGGUCGCUGUCAUUCAAAUACAAGCUAUUAAUGGUAUAUUGUCACUUUUCUACGUCACACCGAAUCCCAGAAUGAUCCGAAAUUGGCCGAAGGGAAAGACGCAAGUCUCCGGUACAGCUUGGCCAAAGGUCAUGACCCCUUCAGGAGGACGAUUGGUCGAAUAAACCACGUGCCCGUAUCGCCCUUAUAUCGCCCGGGACAGAACAACUACAAUUCUUAUGGAGGGCUGAAUGGAAGUUCUCAAGGGCCACAAAUAUGGCAACGGACUGAGGUGAUUGUCUUCCCCUGAUAUUUCAACAAAGCUUUUCUGUAUAUUUCAUAAAGUUUUAGUUCAUUUUAUUUUCUAAUUUCUUUUUUCAAAUGUAAUUUUUUUAACAAAGUAAUGAAAUCUAAUUUUAGCAUGAUUCCAUAUUUGUUUUGUUUUUGUUUUUCCUUCCUAUUAUCUAAAACUUGCCUGUGCAUAGCUCCAGCCGUCACGUGUCUAGCGAAAAGGCAACGGUUGUAUUUUGUACAUUCGUAUGUUGGACAGUCGUAUGUUGGACAGUUGUAUGUUGGACAGUCGUAUGCUGGACAGUCGUAUGUUGGACGGUCGUAUGUUGGAUAGUCGUAUCUUGGACAGUUGUACGUUUGACAGUGGUAUAUAGGACAGUCGUAUGUUGGACAGUGGUAUGUUGUACGGUCGUAUGUUGGAUAGUCAUAUCUCGGACAGUUGUACGUUUGACAGCCGUAUAUAGGACAGUCGUAUAUAGGACAGUCGUAUGUUGGACGGUCGUAUGUUGGGCAGUUUUAUGUUGGACAGUCGUAUGCUGGACUGUCGUAUGUUGGGCGGUCGUAUGUUGGACAGUCGUAUCUUGGACAGUUGUACGUUUGUAGGCCGAAUGUUGGACAGUUUUGUGUUUGACUGUUGUAUGUUGGGCAGCUGCUGUUGGCAAUGGGUCUGUCUACCAGGAAAAUGUUUGAUAGCUGAGCAAUACUCCCCCCCCCCACAACCACCCCCCCUCACACGUUAAUGAACAUACAUGGUGAACGGGUUUGAAAACAAAUGUGGAAGUAAAGAAAUCAGAUCGGCUGGUAAGUUAAUGUUUACUUUCUUCGGAGAAUCACGCACCCUUGUGGAAAACUGGAUCCUCGUACACCAAAGCCAGAAUUCGCAACAAUAUAUCAUCAUGGCUCAAAGAUCUGGCUUCGUCAAGUGUUGUCCAACCUGGAUGCGGUGUUAAAAAAUGUAUCCAUGAUCUUAAACAGUCGACAAAAGUUUGAAAGAUUUUCAGUUUUAAAGAUGUUCAAAUUGAAAGAUGUUCAAAUUGAAAGAUGUUCAAAUUGAAAGAUGUUCAAAUUGAAAGAUGUUCAAAUUGAAAGAUGUUCAAACUGAAAGAUGUUCAAAUUGAAAGAUGUUCAAAUUGAAAGAUGUUCAAAUUGAAAGAUGCUCCUCUUGGAUUUCGUAGGGUGUGAACGCAGCACCUUCUGGAAAAACUGGCCUGGUUCUCACUAACGAAAUCUUCGUUGGUCGACCAGACUUCCUCUGACACACUACACAUCCAUGACGGUAAAAUUUCGUAACAAUAGAAACCAUUACUGUGUUACUUGGUGCCACUUAUUUCCUGACAUACCAGUGGAUAUAGUGCCCAACUAUUUUUUAAAAAAUGCUUUUGUAGCGAGACCCAUUUCCAACACCAACUCCCCAUACAACUUCUUUGACACCCCCGGGGAACACGUGAUGGCUGGAGCUGUGCACCGGUGACAAACACGCACGUCCGCUCUCAAGAUGCGCGAGUUUCAGUACUCUAUUUUUUGGCGCAUGGAUGUGCUUGUCUGUCCACAUCAUGAUCUAUGUCGAGAUUUUGGAUUCACAAAUAAUUGGUGUUAUAUCAUAGCGUUACUUCUACUAUUAGCUCUUCUACGAAGCUGUUCUAUACCUAUUAAAAUGGGGUGUGUUGUACAAUGCAUAUUAUCCUUUCAUUGCAUCAGCGGUUCUUAACAUAGGGCUCUUGGUUUUUGUUUAAGACAUCGGAAGGCGAAUGAGUCACCUCUUUACAAAGAGACUAAAUUGACCCUAACAAAAUUCUUCUAGUUUAAAGUGAUGGAUAUUAUAAACUAUAAAUUUAAUUUUUUUAAAUAACUACAUGUAUUUUAUAAGAACUAAUUAAAAAAACCUUUGAGGUGUUUCAUUUUUGUAUUAUGUUACUUAGUUAAUUAUUAUAUAUUUUGUGUGUUGUAAAAAAAUAUAUUUUAAGUAUUUUAUUUUUUAAAAUAGGAUUUGAUACAAUUCGCAAUAACAAUAGAAUUUUGUUUAUUAUUUAACAAAAGUGAAUGUAUAAUUUUUUUUUACGUUUAUUAUUUUUUAAAAUCUUUUAAAACUUCUUUUCAUUUGUUUUUUUAUUUUAUUUUAUUCUUCUCAUUUUUCUGCUUUUCCCCGCUCCUAAAAAAAUACAGCUAUGUAAUUUUCAGUUAAGUCUAAGGGAGGUAAUAUAUUUAAUUUUCAUACAUACUAACACAUAGCCUCCCUUUCUUUCAUUUUAUACCCUAACACUACCGCUGCGCCUUGCUUGACUCAGGAUGAUCGUCCUAAUGAUAAUCCUGAUAUAGCGGAUAAUAAUCCCGAUAUCGCUGAUGAUAAAUUCUGAUAAUGGUGAUACUAAAUCUAAUAUCACUGAAGCUAAAUCAGACAAUGCUGAUAAGCCUGUAGACAAAUCUGAUAGCCAUGUUGGUAAAAUCACUGCGGGCGAAGUAAAGGUAAGUAGCUGCAAUGUUGGUGGUGUUUAAGCAAUAACUUCAGGUAGACAACAAUCAGUUUCGCUUACCUAAACUAUGGUGCUGCAAAGGUGAGUUAGAGUAGCACAUGCAACCGAGCCUUCGAGAUCAUUAUCAUCCAUUUCAUAUGAUAACUGAAUAAUGGGAUCAAGUUUUAUCUGGGUAAUGACAUCGGCAGUCUGAGGAAUUAUUUGUUACCUUAGAUGCAACUAAAUUGACUGAUACUUACCACCGGUCGGUCAAAGGGCAUAUUGUCCCCCAGUCUAAAUACUUCCGACUCUCAGUAACAAGAUAUUCCGACCCAAAGUUAAAAUACAGAUCUUUACCCCCCCUCCCCCCCCAAGUGCAAGAACAUUCUGACGCCCAGUCUAUAAACAUUCUGUUCACCGUUCAAAAGACAAACCACUUUUGACCUCUGACCUGGAGAUUAAAAGACUCAUUGUAAACCCAGGGUCCUAGACUAAAGUGAUUGACGCCUUAUCCCACUUUUUCAGGUCCCCAGACCCAAAGACCCACCAACGCCAGACUACAACACCACACAGAUGCACAUACCGGAGAGUAACCAUGGUGACGACACGAAGCUGCAGCUGGGAAACUUGAGAGGAAGUCAAGAGGACCUCAGGGACGUAAGUAGACCUUCAUUGAAGGUCAUCCGUCAUCCAUUCUCAAUCAUCCUUGGCCUGGACGCGCACGCAUGUCACAAACUAUGUCGCCACGAUAUUUGUAUGCUACCCUAACAACCCACCGGCCUUGGUGCUACCGUAACACCCCAACAGCGUUGAUGCUACCCUAAAAAAACCACAAACCUUGGUGCUACCCUAACAACCCACCAACAUUAGUGCUACCCUAACAACCCACCAACCUUAAAACUACUCUAACAACCCACCAACCUUGGUGCUACCCUAACAACCCACCAACAUGUGUACUACCCAAACAACCACCAAUCUUAGUGAUACUCUAACAAAAUAACCAACCAACAUUGGUGCUACCCCAGAACCCAACAACCUUAGUGCUACCCUAACAACCCACCAACAUGUGUACUACCCUAACAAACCCAACAACCUUAGUUCUACCCUAAAAAAACACCAACCUUAGUGCUACUCUAACAACCCACCAACCUUGAUGCUACCCUAACAACCCACCAACCUUGGUGCUACCCUAAAAACCCACCAACAUGUGUACUACCCUAAAAACCCACCAACAUGUGUACUACCCUAAAAACCCACAAACAUGUGUACUACCCUAACAACCCACCAACCUUAGUGCUACCCUAACAACCCACCAACCUUGAUGCUACCCUAACAACCCACCAACCUUGGUGCUACCCUAACAACCCAACAACCUUAGUGCUACCCUAAAACCCACCAACCUUAGUGCUACCCUAACAACCCACCAACCUUAGUGCUACCCUAACAACCCACCAACCUUAGUGCUACCCUAACAACCCACCAACCUUAGUGCUACCCUAACAACCCACCAACCUUGAUGCUACCCUAACAACCCACCAACCUUGGUGCUACCCUAAAAACCCACCAACAUGUGUACUACCUUAGCAACCCACCAACCUUAGUGCUACCCUAGCAACCCACGAACCUUAGUUCUAUCGUGACAACACACAUACCUUGAGGAUAUCCCCCAACGUCAUUCAUUAAAAUAAUAGACAAACAAUUCGCUAAAGAGUUAGCCACGACCGAUUCCGUCACUGCGGUGUGUAGAACUGACCCAUGACAUAACACCAAAUGUGGUCAUCGAUAUAAGAUCUGAUUUCUAAAUUUCUCUCCUCAUGCAAUCAUUUCCUGCAGUACCGCCAGAACAACGGAUCGUACCAAGGCUACCAGGAUCGACCUUCACCCCGAGGAGCCCCCUACACAGACAGGCCAGCGGCCGCUACCGAUCGUUCCUACAGGUAAACAAAUAAUGACGCCUUCCAUUACGGUAAGGCGGUAAUUAGAACACGUUACGAAAUAUAAAUAAAUUAGUUAGUCGUGAUAGUAUUGUAAAAACGUAAAGUUGAUCAACUCAAUUUUUAAAAGUACCCCCUCCCUUAACCCUCAAACCCCAUUUCAAAAUGGCAACAACAUAAAGAAUUACGUUUCUUUAAAAACUCAUCCGUUCUCUUAUUGGUACAUAAACAGUUCCAAGGGUUUGCUUCAGUGAUUCUCAAAUUUCCUAAUGCCGCGACCCUUUAAUGCAGUUCCUCAUGUUGUAGUGACCCCCAACCAUAAAAUUAUUUUCUUCGCUACUUCAUAAAUCUGUGUUUUCCUAUGGUGUUGACCGACCACUGUGUAAGGAUCACUCGACACCAAAGGGGUCGCGACCCACACAUUUAGAGCCGCUGGACUAUUCUGAAAUUUUCUCUUUGUCUCGAAGUUAGUUUUUAAUACUUAGAGGAACAACAUCUGACGCUAUAUCGAAUUCACGCCGUGUUCGGUUGAUCGAGUAGAUUCUUACCUCAAGUUAGAAUUAUCCGGACGUCUCCAUUAGAUUUACACACAGGCAUGCUGUCAAAGAUUUUUCACAAUUAUAUUGUCUGAAUUUGUUUUGACUUCGCGGUUCAAAUAUUUGUUACUAGGGGAUCAAAAUCAAAAUGAUUUGCGUCGUUGACUCCCUGACUGCGUGUUUGAUGUUUCAUUAUGAAGUAUUGAUGACAAGUUGUUUCCAAUCAAGUUAAACGAUUUCGGUUUAAUCCCUGGUAACUAACAUUGUAUAUAAAUGACAUUUAACUUCAAAGUUCUACAAUUCUGCAUGCCUCCCCCCUCUCUCCAGAGCCAACCCAUGGACACAGAGAGCCAAGGACCGUCAAAGUGACCUCAUGGACCCCCGUAUAGGUGGACAUUAUGAUGGAAUGGGACUCGUUGGAAGCAGGGUAGGUCAAAUGAAAGAUAAUUGGGUCUUGAGUCUAAUGGUACCCUGGUGCGAAUGGCGGCGCUGCGUGUCUGGGUCCAAUUUGACUCAGUGCUAUUCGGAUGUCAUUUGUGGUCGUUUAUUUUAGUUUAACUGAAGAAUUAAGUUUACAUACAUAAAGUCCAUUCAAUUAUCUUUCAUUUGAUACCUCAAUUUGUCUUAUAAACCCAACAAUACAAUUUAAAUAGUUUUUUUUUAAUCCAACCUCUCAUUUCUGGUACCCGGGUACGAAUAGCCGCUUCGUAAAGCUUAACCGGUAUUGUUUUAUUUACACAAAUUAUGAGUGUCUCAUUAAUCUAAUUCAAAGCCUACCGCAGUGGAACAAUCUUAAAAAAAUGUGACGCUGAUCAUUUCCUCGUAUGAGAAGUGGUGUGCAUCUUGAGUUGAAAGGUCACAAUGAGUAUUUUUUUUAUUUUUUUUAUAUACCUUAACUCUACUAGAACGGAGGCGCCCUGCUAUUCAUCCGAUUUCCGGUCGGCCAAGGUGAAAACGUGCAAGUAGCAGCACACGCUUUCCUCAAGUCCAAGACUCACGACAACGGAGGGCGAUUCCUGGGACUGGCCAAGAAGGUGGGUCACCUCCUGUGUGUGGGAGGAGCGCGCGUGGUGUGGCUGUGAUGUGGCGAUCUAAUAUUUUACUUAACGCGGACAGAGUUAGUAUUUAUUGCAUAACCAGUGGCUCUACUUAACUGAAAGACAUGUAUUUAAUGAAAUGGAGGUUUUCUUCAUUGACUUGUAGCCAAAACUAGUCUUAAAGGGUAUCAUUCAGAGACUUGAAUUGACAAUUUGAACGUUACUCUUUUGAACACUACAUUUUGAACUCCUCCCCCCCCCCCCCCCCAAAUCAUUUCCACCUCCGCUCUGAGCAAAUCCACGAAUCCCUGUAUACUAAGCUUACAUCUCAUCGACAGGUUUUCGACUUCGGCUACGAGAAAGGUCCAACGGAGGCCAUUGGGGUGUACCACUUCCCCAACAUGGACAAGGCUUUCCUUUUCUUCCAGAUGGACCCCAUCAUCAGGCAGCCUGACUUCCCACCCCCCUACGGGCACGCGGAGAUGUGGAUCGUCUGCAACGCUUACCUCCCGGACAACCUGCACCGUAAGAACAGCACCUGGGGAGUUAGGUUCAUUCCAUAGCACAUGGGCUUUUAAGCUCUUUCCACGGCACUUGGGCUAUUAAGCUCUUUCCACAACACUUGGGCUUUUAAGCUCUUUCCAUAGCAUCUGGGCUAUUAAGCUCUUUCCACAGCACUUGGGCUAUUAACCUCGUUCCAUAGCACCUGUGCGAUUAAGCUUUUUUCCAUAGCACCUGGGCUUUUAAGUUCUUUCCAUAGCACCUGGGCUUUUAAGCUCUUUCCAUAGCACCUGGGCUUUUAAGCUCUUUCCAUAGCACCUGGGCUAUUAAGCUCUUUCCAUAGCACCUGGGCUAUUAAGCUUUUUCCAUAGCACCUGGGCUAUUAAGCUCUUUCCAUAGCACCUGGGCUAUUAAGCUCUUUCCAUAGCACCUGGGCUAUUAAGCUCUUUCCACAGCACCUUGGCUUUUAAGAUCUUUCUAUAGCACCGUGACUGGUGAGCUAUUUCCACAACACCUGCGAGAAAAUUCUGUACUAAUAUUUGCAGCCCGGCACACAUAUAAUCCUUCCCUGCACCAGCAUACCUUUAGAGGCCAGAUGUAGAAAGUUUCUUUUUUUUUUAAAUCUUCAUAUAUGGUUUGUCAUCUAAUGCCGGAAAUCUAUUAAUAGAACUUCAGGGCGGAGACUUCAGAAAAUCCUGGUGUUCCGUUUGGCCAAUCUCUCAACAGCUGUUCGGUAACCCUUACGUCAAUGCGAGCCAGCAUGGUGGGGUUUGAAGCUAGACUGAAACGUGUUUACAACUUUAUUUGACGAAAGAUUUUACAAACAAAUUUUUCAAGCUAUAUAUAAUAUAUCGAUCAGGAAAUACAUCGUUAGAAACUAUGUUUUACGAAAAUGUUGUCUAAAAAUAGUAACAUUACGUGAUACAAUGUGACGUUUCCGGUCUUAGAGAUGACCAACCCUAUUCACUACAAACCUAAAAUAAACAAAAUGGGCAAAAUCAGACAUUUCGCGCCAUGACGUCAUAUUACGUGUUUAUUUAACUUAAUAGGUUUAGGGUUACGAUUGACCUUUCACUGGUUAGGGUUCGGGUUAGGGUUAGGUUUAGGGUAAGGUUUAGGGUUAGAGUUAAAGUUAGGUUUAGGGUUUAGCUUAGGAUUAAGGUUAAGUUUAGUGUUAGGGCUUAGAGUUAGGGUAAGGCUUAGAGGCUUAUGGUUAUGGCUAGUGUUAGGUUUAGGCUUACGGUUAGGCUUAGGGUUAGGAUUUAGCUUAGGGUUAGGGUUAGGCUUGGGCUUAGGGUUAGGCUUAGGGUUAGGGUUUAGCUUAGGGUUAGGGUUAGGCUUGGGCUUAGGGUUAGGCUUAGGGUUAGGGUUAGUGUUACGGUUAGGCUUAGGGUUAGUGUUCGUUUUAGGCUUAGGUUUAUGCUAAAACUUAGGGUUAGGGUUAAGGUUAGGCCUAGGAUAAUGGUCAGGCUUAGGCUUAGGUUUAGGCUUAGGGUAAGGCUAAGGGUUAGAGUUAGUGUUAGGGUUAGGGUUGGAGUUAAAUUUAGGGUUAGUAUUAGGGUUAGGGUUGGAGUUAAAUUUAGGGUUAGUAUUAGGGUUAGGGUUAGGCUUAAAGUUAGGCUUAGCUUUGGGCUUAAACUUAGAGUUGGGGUUAGGGUUAGGGUUAAGCUUAGAGUUACGUUUAGCGUUAGAGCUUAGGAUUAGGGUUAGGCUUGGGCUAAGGGUAAGGGUUAAGCUUAGGGUAAGGAUUUGGGUUAGGUUUAGGGUUAGGCUUAGAAUUAAGGUUAUGCUUAGGGUUAGGCCUAUGGUUAGGCUUAGAGUCAGGCUUAGGCUUAUGGUUAGGAGUUGGGUUACGUUAGCGUAAGGGUUAGGCUUAGGCAUAUGGUUAGGGUUAUGGUUUUGCUUAGGGUUAGGGUUAGGCUUAGGGUAAGGCUUAGGGUUAGGCUUAGGGUUAGACUUAGUUUUAGGCUUAGGGUUAGUGUUAGGGUUAGGCUUAAGUUUAGGGUUAGGCUUAAACUGAGUGCUAGGGUGAGGCUUAGGUUAAGUUUUAGGUUUAGGCUUAGGGUUUGGGUUAGUUAGGGUUAGGAUUGACAUUUCUCGGGUAGUGGCAACCAAGAUGGCGGCCGUAACCUGGAGUUUCUGGAUUUACCGCAAUCGUGUAUAGGGGCUCAAACUCUCGUCAUCUCCAUCCUCAGUGUUCAACACCUUCUUGUUAUCAGAAGUUGAGUUACACAGCGGCAAGGACAAACGAGAAUUCUUCGAAAGUUUCCAGGUGAGAUUUAUGUUCUGAACGCUGAUAACGCGAACAUGAGCGUGGUCAAUGGUAUGGAGUUGUAACCGUCACUGCUCUCAUGUGGUUGUAUCAAUGUUGAAAGUACAACUGAAUUUGUAUAGCAGUUCAAAAAAAUGUACUUUCUUACAAAGUGUAACUGUUAACGAGUUAUUCAAUGAGCGCGUGUGUGAUUUUGUAUUUUGUAUUUGUAUACUUGCUUUGUUCGUGAGCGUGUUUUGCGUGGCGAUUAAUUGUGUAGCUGUUGCUGUGUGUUUUGUAUUGGUGACGUAUUUGUGUAAGAGACAUGUUUUUAUUCUUUGAUAUGCUUUUUGGUAACGUUUCGGCAAAUGCCUUCAUCAAUACAACAACAACAACAGAAAGGGAUCUUGGUGUUCUAACUAAUUUAAUUAGUAUCUGCUCUUUUAGUUGUAAGAUCUUAACGUGAAUCUUAUUAUUUUUAUUAAUAAAAUAAAUUUUUGCCAUAUGAAAAAUCCUGUUUUUUCUUAAAAAUCUUUACAAUGAAGUGUUUUGAAGUUUGAAAAUAUAAAAGAUUUUUAAAAGUUACAAAUUAGAAAUCUUCGGAAAGACCAAAGAUAAUGAAGUAAAGUUGUGUAAGUAAUUCUAAUUUCACAAUUGGUCAAACAUUUUGGAAAAGCAAUUUAUGGGCCACAUCGUCACACUAUUCAUCAAUUUACAAAAUAAGCUCAUCUAGGAAAUCUAAUCAAGAACUAAGCGUGUUUCCUUCAGAAACCAUUUGAGAGCUACCUGUACAAGAAUGGCGCCAUGCCUUUCGUCGUCUGCUCCUAUGGAUCCCAUGACCGGAGGAGUUUGAGACGUCAUACUUACCCGCCCAAUUCCAUAGUCACGUGCCAUCUCUUCCAGGGCCUGGAACAUCUCAACUGGAUGACCAACGACGGUAGGGCCCACAGACUUAACAGUUGACAAACUUUUCCAUGUGUAUAUUUUGUAUCCCCUUGUUUCACUCUUACAAUUGACCUCUGGUGACGUGUUUACUCGGGUGUGUGCUGGCCAUAAGGCAACAAUGCACUUCACUUUGAACACUUGUCAGCAGCCUUUUUUUUUUUACGUCAUAUAUGUUUAUAUUUUAUUAUAACAUUGCUUAGUUAAUUUUAGAAAGCAGUCCGUUAGAAAGUGUUAAAAAUUAGCAAGAUAUUAUGUAGAAAAGUCAAAAUUGAAAAAAUCGUCUCGCGAAAAAGGGGACAGCACCGAUCCCAGCAAUCCACUUGAUUAGCUCCAAACUAUUGCAUUACCGAUUUCCCUCCCCCCCCCCCUUUUUUUACUUAUAUUUAAAUUUUUAUGAAAAGAAAAAUUAAAACCUUUCUUGGCAUCAUUACCAUAAUAAACACAAAGGUGUAAUUUAAUUUAUAAUAAUUCUAGAUGGAUAAAGUACUGUACUUCGCGUAUGCUUCGAUUAAUGCGUUUGACAUGAAACAUUGGCACUUAAAGGAAUUUGGAGUACAAAUAGUAAUAUUAGACUACCUAUUGUUUUGCGCUGUCACAAACAGUAGUAAUAUUAGAUUACCCAUUGUCUUAAUACGCCACCACAAAUCGGAAAAUUAGAUUAUCCAUUGUUUACUGCAUCACAAACAGUAGUAAUAUUUGAUUACCCGUUGUAUCAAUACGUCACCACAAGAGCGGAUCCUUUAAAAUUAAGCUCUUUAUUUUCUGUCUUAAACGAACAACCGAUUUCAUAACAAUGAACUCUAUUAUUAUUUUUUUUACUAUUCCUUAUCUUACAGGACAUUUUUAAUGAAAUGGCCUUCACUACCUAACAAUUCCCAUUUCACUUUCUAAUCUUCCUUGACAGAGACCUACUCCAAGUUCCGCAGCCUUCACAACCAGAUGGCCACCGAGAAAUGCUCCAUCUUCACCCUGUCCAAAGAGAUGCCUUCUUAAAGACGAUCAAUAAACCAGGGGUGGUCAAGAUGACCCUAGCUCCGAUAGCCAAAAUUUAAACUAUUUCAUUUUGUUUCGUGAAGUUUUCUUCCGUGUCUUACGUGAAAGGUGUCAAGGGCCGGUACAACCUCUAAAAUCGUCAUUUAUAGGGAAAAAAAAACAACAACAACAUAAUAUUAUAAAACUAAUGAUCUCUAAAGAACAUUCAUUUCCAAACUUAGUGAUAUUUUUAUUUUUGUAAUGAAAGCAAUGUAAGAAGUUUAAUUCUUUUUUUAAAUGCCAAUGUACUAAAAAUAUACGUAUUAAAUGAUGCACACAUUUUUAAUGUUUUUUAUCUUUGCUUCUAAUUGUUUCAUCUUCUUCUUCUUUUUUUUAAUUCAUCAACAUUUAUGAAAAUCAAUAUUUCGCCAAUUUAAAGUGUUGAUUACCCUAAAAUAUUAACUCAAACUUUAUUGGUUGUUAGAGCAGGAUCUUCUUGGCCAACACAAGAUUUCAACCAAUCACAGAGCUUCUUUUAAAACAUCAAAGAAUAAAAACAACCUCUUUUCAAUUUCAGCUACUGCUGUCAAAUAUUUUUCUUUUUUUUUUUUUUUUUUUUUGUCCAUAAAAAAUAAUCACUUCUUAUUAAAAUUAUAAAGUUCACAGCGUGCCAAAUUGUAUAGAACUGAAGCCACUGGUUUUUAAAACAAAAUAUUUUAGGUGUCUUCAAGUCUUAGAAAAGUCUGAAAUAUAUAUUAUUAUGUCUUAACGUAGCUGCACCUUUAAUCCUUUUAAAAUUAAUUAAAGUCAUUAUAUUUAUUUAUUAUUAUGAACUUUGAUUAUAAAUUCAUGAAAUGUUUUAAAAACUAUUUAUAUCAUGCUCAUUCUUACAAUACAAAUCUUAUAGCAUCACAUUAAGGGAGAAUUGUAAAAUUAAUAUUUUGGGAAAAAUUUAAUUUGAACAAGCUUAGGGCACUUAGCCUUAACUCAUUCGUCAAAGUCUAAGACUGUGAUAACGUUAUCCUUAAUUUGUUUUUUGUAAUUAAAUAUGUAAAAAAAAAAUCGUAUAUAUUUAUAAUAAAACUUAAAUGUUUAUUUUUUUUACACUGUUUUAUAUUUCAAACACAUUUUAAAGAAAAUAAAUGAUAUAUCGAAC